AUGCUUCGCGGGCGUCCAUACCACAUUUCCGCACUCUAUGUUGUGGACUUGAAACGCUUCCGUUACGUUGCAGCUGGCAACAUUCUUCGACAACACUACCAUCGCCUUACGGCUGAUAAGAACUCCCUUGCAAAUCUCGAUCAGGAUUUGCCCAACAACUUACAAUAUGUUCUGCCGAUUCAUACGCUCGACAAGACCUGGCUUUGGUGUGAGACUUGGUGCUCGUAUGACUGGCUUCCACAAGCUAAAACCAUUGACUUGUGCAGCAACCCCAAGACGAAAGAGCCGAAACUUGAUCGUGCACGACGUCAGAUCCCCGAGUGGACUGAGUUGGACAAUGAAGUAGCCGCAUUUGCUCAGUCUCUUCGCAGUCGAGAAAGCUCGUCGUCGAGCACUGUGCAUGAUGAAUUAUAA